AGAAGACGAUGACGAAGAUGAAGAAGAAGAAACGGCGGAAGAACAAGAUGGCAGGAAAUCUACAUCAGUAGGUGAUGAAGAGACUGCUGAACCCAGCGAAUCCCGAAACCUCGACGACAGUCGGGAGAUCCCGAGUCCUAGUGCUUCGUGCUCUACUGAAGGAGACGCAGGAGCUAAACGUCGCAAGCUGAACUACGCGGAAAAGAACAUCGAGGACGCGGUGAACUGGCUGAACCAGUGUGGCGGUACCGUGUCCGAUGCCGCUAAGAUGUUCAGUAUUCCCCGGUCGACGCUCCGCUUUCGCCUCAAGUCCACUGACCCUGUAGGGUCACGUAAAAGCGGCGCCCCGCCAGCCCUGAGUCCCGAAGAAGAAAAGCUCGUUGUGGAUUGGGUGCUGGAGACCGCAAGAAUGGGGCAGCCUCCCAGCUGGAAAAGGCUCUCCUUGGCAGUCAAAGAAAUGCUCGACAGGUCUGGACACACCAAAGUUUUCACUAACAAUAACAUUCCUUCCUCUGGCUGGCUUAGGGCUUUCAAGAAGAGGCAUCCUAAUCUUUCACCUGCCAAGACUGAUGAUGUUCCUGUGCCAGAUACAUUCACUAAAGAAGAUAUAAAGAAAUGGUUUGUCGACUUGCAAACUCACUUGAAAGAAGAAGGACUUGACCCCAAGACAUUCUUGCAGCCAGCAAAUGGGAAUAGAAUAUUCAAUUCUGUCGAGGUUGUCGUGAUGUUGCAGGGCGAAGAUAGGCUGUCCAAAGUGCUUACCCAGAAGGGGAAGCGGAACGUACCUAAAUUCUGCAGUACGGGACGUAAGAUGAUAACCGUCAUGACGUGUAUAAGUGCUUCUGGAACCUAUUUGAGACCAUUCAUCGUUUUCGAAGGUAGAAAAAUUCCUCUGCAGCAAUUGCAGAACCAAGUGGAUCCUACACUUUUUGAUGUUGGUUUCAGUAAGCGUGGAGGUAUUGAUCACGAACUGUUUAGUGUAUGGGUUGAAGGCCUUAUAAGUUACUUGGAUAACCACAACGUUCAAAGGCCAGUGUUACUACUUCUCGAUAGCCAUACGUGUCAUAUCAACCUUAACACCUGUGAGAUGGCUAAAGAAGCGGGGCUUAUUAUGCAUCUGCUUCCACCUCACGCUAAUCACCUCAUGCAGCCUGUUGACGUAGGCAUUUUUAAAACGCUUAAAGCUUCAUACAAAGACAGUGUUGACCAUUUUAUGCCAACUCACGGCCCCGCCAUCAACAAGAAACAUUUCCCGCUAGUGUUCAUUAAUGCAUGGCACAGCGCCGCCAUAAAAGAAAAUGCCAUCAGCGGCUUCAAAGAGGCAGGACUUGUGCCCCUUAACCCCGAGAUGAUAGACACCACAAAAAUUCCGACUAGGCCUAGAUUUUCCCUCAAAACUUUCCACGAGCGAGCCCCUGGUAGACCACUGCAUACGGGUACUAGACCAUCCAAACGUACCCCCCAACCUACAGGAAACGAAUACAUACGAGGAAUAUCCGACGCUCUGGAACACAUCAUACAUAAUUUCGUGUCAGAUAAAGUUAGACCAAUUUACGAACAGUGGAUUGUUGAAGAAAAAUCAUGUACUCCGGAUCCAGUAUUUUACAUUUGGGCGUCGUUGAAAACCUUGAUUGAAGAGAACAAAAAGCAACUGCGCUGUGAAAAAGGAACUAGUAGUCAAAUCCCAAGCCGAAAAAUAACGUCUUUUCAGCCUCCACCAGUCCGGCCACUUAUGAUGCCGUCAAUUCACAGCCAAGCUAACCACAACCAAGCCCCAUCCAUGGCUGCUCGUGGCUGCAGUGAAUCGAUGCAGCCAAGUCCAUUGCCACAGCACUCAAAGCGUCCGGUACCGUGCUCAUACGGGGAUCAUGCUCCCAAUCACGGCCAAGCUCCAGCUUCAUAUGCUGGCGAUCAUACGACGUCGUGGCAGACACCAGUUCAAGUCAACACUUUCAGCCGGUAUCUCAGCGACCAACCUCCGCAACACGGACCUCAUCCGACUACGCAGCGGCUACAACCUCUUAUGGAGAACUCGAUAUUAGCAACCACCACCACCACCAUGAUGCAGCAGCAGCCACCGCCACCAGUCAACUAUUAUGGUUUAAAUUCCAAGGAAAAGCCGAAAGAGGCGACUGCUAUCGUGAAUAAAAAUAAUAUCAAGAGACAGUGGUUAGAUGAUAAAGAAACUCAACAUCUCAAACAGAGGCGCAUAGAUGACGUGACUCUGUGUGACACGAAGGACUCUCAAACAAACCCUGAAGGUUGUGGUGUGUAUGACAGCUCAGAGUCAAUCAAUUACUCGGCUAGGAUCGGAAUAUGUAUGCAGGAUGUUGUGCCUCAAGACCUGUGCCAACUUCAUUACGGUCAAGAAUGAAAUGGAUGUUUUACAAAACUUAUUUCACUCGUUAGCCCAAUCGGGAAUGUAUAGAUUAUACAAUUGUUACGUUAAUUGCCAUAUGCCUAACUUAGCGGUGAUUCGUCAUGAUCGUCGAUCAGUGAUGUUCCGUUGAUUAAAAUCCGAUCUACUUUUCAAGAGGAGGAAAAUUUAGAAUUAUGCUUGAUCUACAUACACGUGUUAUUCACUAACUCGUUGGUUCCUUAUAAUCAACCUCUAUUUAACUCGCCCGCAAGUUCCAACUAAACCUCUGAUUGGACAAUUUAUUUUCUAUUGUCAUUCACGAGUAUCGAAUGGAAAGACAAUCCCAGGUUAAUAUUUUGAGAGUCAACAUCUAUAUACUGUAUAUUUUAUGGAAGAAUUCGUGUUUAGAUUGAUACAUGAAUUGUGGUCAAUGCAGAAAAUGACAAAAUACAUCCAAAAAUGACAAUAUUCCAUACAAACGCUUAAAGUUCAAACUCAAAGCAGACAAGCAGUAAAUAUUAUUCUGACAUAGCGCUUCAGAUUCUCAAAUAACUUUUGAACAUUUCAAUGCUAGCAAAACUCAUUAAACAAUCAAGCUCUUAAUAUAUAUGCGUUCCUAGCAUGAUGUAAGCGUUAAGUACCGCGAAAAACAUUCUCUGUCGUAAAGAUAAGAGGAAUCUUUACCUUUGAAAUUAGAAUGUUUCUAAAGAGUCCUUCAAUAGAUGCAACAUGCUCGGCUUUACGCAUUUCGGCAUCGCGCACUAUACCUGAAUAUAGUUUUUCGUCAAUAUUUAUUCGACCAUAUACUUCAGUUUCUUUUUUAAAGUCAAUUCAUGAAAAAAAAUUUAUACUUCAUAAAAAAAUUAAUUCACACCAGGUUUAUCUGCUCAACACCUAUUUAUUUACCAUCAAAUUAUUAAUAAUACGAUUGUAUCGCUCACUGUAAGAAGUACAAGUUUCCCAAAUUGUU